AUGUUACAGAUUAAUCCUCGAGGAUGUCGUUCAACCUUGGAUUUAUUGGUGGUGGCAAUAUGUCCACUGCUAUAGUGAAAGGCAUCUUGAAAACUGAAACACACUCACCAUCCAAGAUAUGGGUAUCAGGACCUCACUUGAAUAACCUGAAGCACUGGAGUGACCUAGGUGCCAAUGUUACAAACAAAAAUGGUGAAGUAUUCAGUCACUGUGAUGUCAUAUUUUUGGGUGUUAAGCCAGGCAUGCUUGAAGCCGCUGUCAAUGACUGUCUCCAAACAUUAACAGCAACUCUGUCUUGUAAAAAGGUGCUUUUUGUUUCAAUGUUGGCCGGGAUAACUAUUGGUGAUUUGCAAAAGGUCUUAAAGCAACUCUCUAAAGAUGUGAGUGUAAUACGCAUAAUGCCCAACACUCCAAUGACUGUUGGGGAAGGAGCCUGCUUGUACACCCCGGACGACAGUGUGACGGAAGAUCAGUGUAGUCUGGUGGAGAGGCUGCUCAGCAAUUGUGGCAUCUGUGAAAGGGUGCCAGAGACUCUGAUGGAUUCUUUAGGCUCCUUAAUUGGCUGUGGACCUGCUUUUGUAUACAUAAUAAUCGAAGCUCUAGCAGACGGCGCAGUGAAGCAGGGCGUUCCUCGCGCGCUAGCAUUGCGUUUUGCCGCCCAAAUGGUGGCCGGCAGCGGCAAAAUGGUCUUGCAGUCUGGGAAACACCCAGGGCUGCUGAAGGAUGAAGUCUGCUCUCCCGGAGGUUCCACUAUCUGUGGAGUGACUGCGCUUGAGGAAGGGAAAAUUAGGGCCACUUUGAUCAAUGCUGUACAGGCCUCUACGCUGAGAAAUAAGGAGCUUGGAAAGAAGUAGGAAAAUAGUCAGGCAACAACUGCAGUUUUAUUAUACUUAAGUACAAAAUCUAGAUAAGAAUGCACAGUAUAUUUUUUAUUUAUAAGAUAAACUAGGUUAUUUCUAAUGGUUACUCCCAGCCGGCAAUAGAACACGAUAAUGAAUUAUUUUAGCACCAAGUUCCCCAAUUCUAUAACAAAAUUAACCCG